UUAUGGAUAAUGCGGAUUUGAUUUGCAAAAGAUGAAGCGUUACUUUAGGCUUGUGCUGUGCUCAUAAGGAGAUGAAUUUGGGCUGCCAUCUGGAAGCUGUACACCAAGAAGACAGAGAGAAAUGUUUGCUUCCUGACUAAACAUGCUGACUAAUAGUCUGCGCUUCAACUGGUCUGGGCCAGAUCCUUACAGGGAAAUCUGCAAAAAUCUCUUCUUGACAUCAUGCAAACCAUGAAGGCAGCUCCCAGCGGGCGGGGAGGCCUCCCGGGGCGAGGGAGGAGCCGCAAGGCGGACACCCGUCCCCCUUGGGCAGGAGUCCUGCCCUCAAACUGUGCCCGUGGACUUCGGCCAAAGGCAGGGUGCACAGCACGGUACCAGCGACAGCGUGUGAAGUACACAGAAUCUGCCAGGUCCCUCAGCAAGACAACUUCACAAAGAGGCACCUUCAGAGCAAAGAUGAACAUUGGAAAAACUUACAGUACCUUUAAUGUCAGCAAUGGAACGGAUCUAGCUAUUGGCUUUACCUCGUCCACAGUAGCUGUCCUUCUAUUUGGGACAAACUUUGUGCCUGUUAAGAAAUUUGAUACCGGUGAUGGCAUGUUCUUCCAGUGGAUUCUCUGUGCCUCUAUAUGGGUAGUUUCUUUGGUGGUCAAUUUAAUCCAGAAUUGCCCGCGGUUUUGGCCUCUGGCUAUGGUUGGGGGUUUUGUGUGGGCUACAGGCAAUGUUACAGUUGUCCCUAUUGUUAAAACUAUUGGUUUAGCUCUUGGUCUUUUGAUAUGGGCUUCUUUUAAUUUGCUGACAGGUUGGGCAAGUUCAAGGUUUGGUUGGUUUGGAAUUGACCCAGAAGAAGUAUCAAGGCCAAUCUUAAAUUAUAUUGGAGCUGGGCUUUCACUAUUAAGUGCUGUCAUAUUUCUUUUUAUAAAAACUGAAGUCCAGAGUUCUUCAACUUCAUUAGAAAGCACGCCUUUACUGAGAGAAAGUUCCAUUAAUGUUUCUGAAGAUACCUCUGAUGAUUCAUGGGUGAACAGACUUUCUCCAGCAAAAAAGAGACUCAUAGGAUGUAGCCUAGCUGUAGUAGCUGGAAUACUCUACGGUUCCAGUUUUGUACCAGUACUUUACAUCAAGGAUCAUGGAAGAAGAAAUGAAACUGUAUACGCAGGAGCAAGUCAAUUUGAUUUGGAUUAUGUUUUUGCACACUUCAGUGGAAUAUUUCUUACAAGUACUGUCUACUUUUUGAUCUACUGUGCAGUCAGGAAAAAUAAACCUAAUGUUUAUCCCCAGGCCAUUUUGCCAGGGUUUGUGUCUGGUGUGCUUUGGGCAGUAGCCAAUUGCUGCUGGUUCAUAGCCAAUCACUAUCUCAGUGCUGUGGUCAGCUUUCCAAUAAUUACUGCAGGUCCUGGUCUUGUUGCUUCAAUGUGGGGAGUCCUUGUAUUUAAAGAAAUUAAGGGACUGAAAAACUACGUUUUACUCUCAGUAGCAUUUUGCAUUGUUGUGGCUGGAUCAUUCUCCACAGCUUUUUCUAAAGUUUGAAAGGAUCUUCUGGACCAGUAGAGGGUGCUGCUGUUUAAUAUACAUAGAAAGACAAUAUUGGUAUAUAGCAAUACAUAAUGAUUUUCAAAAUGAAUGUCCAACAUUAACUUACUUCAGGCAAGUGAAAAAGAAAACCUUUGCUCCCAUUUGGCAUGAAUAACUGGAAAUGUUUGCUUCUGCAUUUCUUGGACCAGUAGCAAUUUCAAAGGAUUUUAAUAAAUAAAGCUAAAUGAUUUUAUAGUUAUUAACUUUUUUUUCCGGUUCAGCUACCAUGUAAUCAUAAGUUGCAGUUCACUGUUGUUUUGGUGGAUAAAUGGAUUCUAAUUCUUAGUCUGUAAUUAUGUAUUUGCAAGCUGAUUUGUUUUAUUAUAAUGUCUGUCUUACUGAUUUGAAUAUAAAAUAUAUCUUGAAAUAUUCUUUAUGGAACUGAUACAAAGAUAUGAAGCAUUUUUUAAUUUAGAAGCAUUAUUCUUUAAAGUCAUCAAUUUACAUAAAGAUGUUACUUCCAGUCACUUCAGAAUUUUGAAGGAAAUAUAGGAAAAAAAAGGGUGCUGUAAAAUAGAUCACUUGUGUUUGCUGCUAAACUGUUUUGCUGCAAGAAAUUAUGUAGCAGUCAGGACCAGGGUACAAAGUUUGAGUUUAUUUUGGUUGCAACUUGACAUUACAUUUCUGUGUUGAAAUAUUAAUUAUGCAGUCCAAAUAACUUUGGGCAUUUUGUGAAUACUUACUUUUCUAUGUAGCAUAUUGAAAUCUUAAAAAUUAUGUAUGGCAAUAUUUAUUACAUCAAAGCAUCAUGCUAAAACUAGCAAAUCUGCCCCAUAAAGGAAAUUCCCUAUGAGGAAUGUUGCAUACACUGUUCCAUGACAGAUACUGUUUAGUUUCCUACCCAUGGCAGCUAAGAUCAUACAUGCAAAGCAUGUUGUCUGAACCUUCCCAUAGUUUUUCCUUCAGUAUAUUAGACAACCCCAGCUCCUGCAGUCUUCCCUUGUUUGUAAUGUGCUCAUCAUUUUUCUUGCUCUUUCCUGAACUCUAUCUGUCUAGAAAUAUUAGACAUGGCAGUCAGACUACAGUCUUAGAAAUAAAACGAGCAGCAGCAGCAAGAUUUUUUUGGUUUCAUCCAAUUUGCAAGCUCUGUUCAUGGUUACACAUCAUAGUAUGAUGCUGUCACAGCUUGGUAUUGUUAACAUGUUUGGUUUGCAAUCAUAAUUUCUCCUUUCUCCCUUGCACUCUUUGUUGUCUACUAUUUAUCAGAUUUUAUCUCAGAACUGUUACUUAGCCUGAUUUUUUCUGCUCUAUAGUUAUUCCUACCCACAUGUCAGAGCUUGGCGUCUGAUAGGUUUUUUCCCCCCUUAAGGCAUUUCUCUAGUUUUGCUCUGUAUGUUAACCCUGUCCUCCAACAAGUUGGCAGCAUUUUCCAGCCAGAUGUCAUCUAAAAAUGUAGUAAACAUACUCUGUAAUUACUGUAAAUAAUUUAUGAGAAUGCUGCAUGAUACUGGCCUUCUCUUACUUUCUGAUACCUAAUGUAAUACUUCUUUUCACUCUGUCAGGGAACAAUUAACUGCUCCUUUGAGAACAAUUUUCCUGUCUUGCAGUGGUUUUAUUUACACUGCAUUCUCCCAGCUUUUAUGGAACAGUUGUUCAAGUCAAGAUACAUAAUAUGUACUAACUUAAUCCCUGAUAUCGGAAAGAAAACUAAUUAUUUUUCUUUCCAAUAUCCAGGUCAGACACAAGUUCUUCCUGGCAGAUCCUUGACUGCUACUUGCCUAGCCCUUAUUCUGUUGACUCAAAUAUGAGUAAUUUGUUCCCAUGUUUGUGAAAUAACUUGAGUUAAAUUGGAUAUUUAUACUUCCCCUGGAUCUGUUUCCCUUCUUCUUAAAGAUUACAAGAACUUCUGUAUUCCUGCAAUAUACUCCAUGCCAGAAAAUUGCUGAUAAGCAAAGAAUUGACAAAACCAAAAUACA